GUGUGCGCAUGCGUUAACUUUAAUGCAGAAACAUGAUUGGAAGCCUGUUAUUCUACGGGCUCUACCCUUUGUCACGGUACCUGGCCAGACGACGUCCAGAUACCUCACAGAAGAUUCUUCCUCCUACAGUGGUUCAUGGCACAGCAGCAUGGAAUGGUGGUUCUGUCACAACUAUGGAGUUUACCCAUUCCCAGACAGCUGCAUUGGAGCAGCAGCUCAGCCCAUGCAGUGGAUCCAACAGUGAAACGAAAGAAAGGUUGAAAGAACACAGCUUAGAAAAGGAAGAAGAUUCACGAUACAAAAUGGACAAGGAACAGUCUACUGCUGUUCUGCUUAAAGAAACACCGUGUGAAAAUUUGAGUGAGAAAGUGUUGUCGGUGCCAACAGAAGAAGAAGCAGGGAUUGAAGAUGAAAAUCAACAAGAUGAAGUGGUGACCAGCCACCAUGAGUUACCUGAUCUAGAACAAAAUAUGUACAGCACAACCUUUACAUCUGAGGUUAUUAGAAAUGAGCAACCCGUUUUGGUGCAAUUAGAGGGCCUGAAAAUUGAUGACACUGAAGAAAAAAGUUGCUGUCCAAUGCAGAAGCAAGAAGAGAUACCAAGUUUGAGAGCGUUGCUAACUUUAUCUGGCAACAGCUGUCAAGAAACCAUCCACCCAGAGCAGAAAAAAACAGACAUACAUGGUGUUAAAGAGGCAGGAACAAAGACAACUAAAACUGCGGCUGAAGUAACUGAGUGCUGGGAUGAAUACAUAGCUCCUGCUGAUUAUAGGAGUGGGGAAAACAGUUCUGAGGUGCUCUUUACUCCUCUUGUCUGUGACACUCAAACCUCCCUAACAAGACAGAGUGAGCAACACAACACACAAAUUGGAUAUCAUUUUCCUGUGGGUCUAGGCCUGGCAGAGGAAGUACAGUGUCCACUAUGGCAGUUCCCAGCAGGGAGCUAUUAUCCUCCACUUGAGCAAAGUGCACCUUUUGAGGUAAUGUGGAGAAUAUGGGAGAACAUGGAUGAGGGUGCCGCUACAGAGCAGCCUGCUCUGAUUCCCUUCCCAUUUAAAAAGACUUUGAUGGAGUUCACUGUCAUGUCCUACAACAUACUGGCUCAGGACCUACUGGAGGCAAACCAGGACCUUUACACUCACUGCCCCCUUGAGGUGCUGGAGUGGAGCUUCCGCGUCAACCUCCUCCUUGAGGAAAUUCAGAGAUGUGCACCAGAUAUUCUGUGUCUCCAAGAGGUUCAGGAAAACUACUACUAUGAACAGCUGGAGCCAGUCCUAUCGCACAUGGGAUACACCUGUCUGUACAAGCGGCGCACAGGGUCCAAGACAGACGGCUGUGCUACCUGCUACCGCAGUAGUUACUUUUCUGAAGUGUCUGUCAUCAAGGUGGAGUACUUCAGGCCUGAGAUUGAACUGCUGGACCGUCACAACGUAGCUAUUAUUGUGGUGCUUCAGCCACUGGUCAUCCAGGACUCUGAGGUCCUGGCGAAGGGACCACCCCUCUGUGUGGCUAACACCCACCUGCUCUUUAACCCCGGGAGGGGUGAUGUGAAGCUAGCUCAGUUAGCCAUACUGCUGGCAGAAAUUGACGUUGUGGUCAAGUCCUGUAAAGCCAAAGGUGAACAUUGUAACAUUAUAUUGUGUGGGGAUUUUAACUCGGUCCCCCACAUGCCUCUGUACCAGCUGAUCACCACGGGCGAACUCUAUUUCCAGGGUCUACCUGCAUGGAUGAUAUCAGGCCAAGAGGACCUGUCGUAUAAAAGUCAUUGUUACAAACUGUUUGCUCCACUGUGGCCAAGUUCUCUGGGAAUCACCGACAGCUGUCAGUACACUUCUGUGCACCAGGAGUCUGAGAGCCACCUCAAGGAAACAGGGAAACUUCAGUACAGUCACAAAUUCCUUCUGCAGUUGCGUUUCUGUCCAGCUGCAUGUGCACGUCCACAGGACUUGGAGAUGAUCCCAGGUGUGACUGACAACAACCCAGAUGCUUCAAGGGAGCAUCAGCCGCCUACCAGCAGGUUUAGACAUACUGUCAGUCACCGAUUAGACCUGGAGUCUGCCUAUAAGCACAUUCUUCCAGGCUCUGGCAGUCCAGAAGUUACAACUUUGCACACUGAUGGAGCUGCUACUGUCGACUACAUCUUCUACUCUCCAAAACGCACCUUAGGCUCCAACCAAAAGGAUGGCGACAGUGUGGGUAAAGGUCUGAAGCUAUUGGGUUGUCUCUCGCUCCUAUCAGAGGACGUCUUGUGGUCGAUGAAUGGCCUUCCCAAUCACAUAUUUCCCUCUGAUCACCUCAGUCUUCUGGCCAAAUUCCAGCUGGAAGUGGAUGCAGCAUUAUAAGAGUGUGGGUGGAGUGGACCUGCCAACAUAAAGUAAAGUAUAUUUUUGUUCAGACAAGCCAGAUCUCACUCUGCACAAUUUUGGUUUUCAUUUCAAUGUUUUAAUUUUUUUUUUUUUUUUUUUGGUAGUAUGAAUACCAGCACUGGUCAGCUAUGUGGGAAGUUUUGUUGUUCAGAAGAACCAAGAAAAAACAAUCAGUGCCAACAUUCAGAUGGUUUUGUGUAGGUUUUUUUUAUUAGAUAAUGAUGUAGAGGUGUGACUGAGAUAUGCCAAAUCCUAUACUAGUACUGUAAGUGAAAUGAAGGCAGUGAUUGUUAUUGAUGUGACUGUUUGCAGUGGAAAAAAGUAAUUUCACAUUUAAUUUAAAAACAUAAUGUUUUAAACUUUGAUUUGUAAUGAGAUCAGAAAUUUUCAGAUUGAGUCAGUUGUAUUUUUCAGAUGGCUACAAUAAAUAUUUUCAUUAACUUCUUUGUUUUUCACGAUUGUGCUUUUUUAUAUCAUAUGAUACAAAUCAUAAAGCAAACAUGACAUUUUAAAGGAGGCUGUUAAAUAUGGCCAGUAACAUUAAACAGUCCCAUCAGUGCCUGGUUCCCUGUAUCUUGUCUGAUCUACUGUGAAUAUGGCCUGAAUGUUGGGUGUGCCUCGCCUCUGCUGCACUGACACACUUAGUUUAUUAUGAAGAAUAUUUCUGUGCUUAUGUGUCUGGUUAAUGCUUGAAUGCAUAAUUCAUUAAUAUUGCUGUGUGUUCAUGCAUGAUGGAGUUCAGUAGGUGAACGUAGUGCAUGUGCGGGGUGUAGAACGCUUGCAUAGGUUUUUCCUAUCAGAGGGGCAUCUUGCUCUCAAACCUCCCUUUCUGCAAGAUCUUCGAUGGGAUAGAUUAAAUAAUUCCAAUA